GGGGGGACGGGUGCAGGGAGGGCGCUAGUUUAGAAGAUGCUCUCUGAAGAGCAGGGUCUUCAGGAGUUUCUUGAAACUUGAAAAGGAAGCUCCUGUUCUGGUAGUGCUUGGAAGGUCAUUCCACAUUUGUGGAAUGAUUCAUUCGCCUCUUUCAAGCUGAAAUCACCAGUAAGUUCAGGUUUUAUUACGCUUUUAUCCAAACCAACAGCAAUACAGUGAAUGAGCCAAAGCAUGAAAACAAAUGCAUACAUGUGGAGAAAACAGUCCCAACUGCAACAUCAAAUUAACCUUUUUAGAAAACAUUUUUUCUUCAUAGACUUCAUGUUUCAGUUAAAUAUUUACUAUUAAAAACAGAACAUAAGGGACAGCAAAAAGUAGAUAAUUAAAAUCUUUAGAACAUUUUUCAUACAAGUCCCAAAAUCUCAUGAUCACCUUCUGCUCCAAUAGGAGAUGUAAUGUUCAAUGUUUUAUUUACUCUGGACCCAUUUACUACAGAUGAUUAAAUCUAGUAGUUUGCAACAUACCAGUUAGGCAUUGCUUAAUCCAAGAUCAAAUUAAUCUUUAAUCCUAUAAGAAAAAACAAUUUCAGCAUCUAAACCCGAGUUUCGGCCUAGUAAAUGGGAUUAGUUGAGAACAAAUUGUCCUGAUCAUAAAUUGGUGUUUUCUUUUCACUUUGAUUUCUUUUACAAGUUACAGAUUUGUGAUAAUCCAGAACAAGGAGAAAUAAGUCAAAGUCCAAACUGUCAGUAAGUCAUCUUGAGAUCUGCGUUUUAAAAAGACCACAGCUGGAUUUCCUGCAGACGGUCAGCCAUCAUGGAGCCAUGUCCCUCGGUCUGCAUCCUGCUGCUGCUGUGUUUGGGAAGGAGCGCUAACGGAGGAAAGGUUUUGGUGUGGUACACUGAGGGAAGCCACUGGAUUAACAUGAAGCCGGUUCUGGAGACGCUGGUGGACAGAGGACACCAGGUGACCGUCCUGGUCCCCAGCAUAUCGAUGUUCAUGACCAGUGACCAAUCGCUCUUCCACUACGAAGCUUUUAACGUCUCACUUUCCUUGGAAGUUUUUGAAGCAUUCCUUGACAAAUUCAUUCACUUCACCAUCUAUGAAAUGGAUUACAUGAACUACUUUCAGAUUUACAGCAAAUUUAUGGAUUUACUGAAGAUCAACAUACAGUUUUCUCUGAAGUUUUUGGAUGGUGUGGUGAAAUCAGAAACCAUGCUGAAGAAGCUGAAGGGGGACAACUAUGACAUGCUCCUUGCUGAUCCCAUCUUUCCUGGAAGUGAUUUGACUGCAGACAUGUUGGGGAUCCCUCUGUUCCUAUCCUUGCGUUUUUCCGUAGCUCAUAACUGGGAAAGACUGUGUGCCCAGCUACCUGCCCCACCUUCAUUUGUUCCAGCUGUCUUGAGCAAACUGACAGAUAAGAUGACCUUCUCAGAGAGAGUUUUCAACUUUCUCUUUUAUCCCCUGCAGGACAUAGUGAUGGAAAAAUGCAUUUGGAAAGAGUUGGAUGAAUAUUAUUCCCAUGUCAGAGGAACCCACACCAGUGCCUGUGAGAUGAUGGGUAAUGCAGACAUCUGGUUGAUGAGAACCUACUGGGAUUUUGACUUUCCUCGUCCGUUCCUUCCCAACUUUAAAUUUGUUGGUGGAGUCCACUGCAGACCUGCUAAACCAUUACCGAAGGACAUAGAAGAGUUUGUCCAAAGCUCUGGAGAUGCUGGGAUUGUAGUCUUCUCAUUGGGAUCUCUGGUCAAGAAUCUGACCACAGAGAAGGCAAACAUGAUCGCUUCAGGCCUCGCUCAGGUCCCACAGAAAGUGCUGUGGAGAUACAGAGGUGAAAAACCUGAAUCUUUAGGUUCCAACACUAAACUUUAUGACUGGAUUCCACAGAACGACCUGCUGGGUCACCCGAAAGCGAGAGCUUUUAUCACUCAUGGUGGUGCAAAUGGAGUCUAUGAAGCCAUCUACCACGGCAUUCCCAUGGUGGGAAUUCCCCUGUUUGCUGACCAGCCGGACAACAUGUUACACAUGAAGGCCAAAGGAGCUGCAGUCACCGUGAAGUUUAACCAAAUGAAAUCAGAAGACCUCAGAGAUGCGAUCAACACGAUCAUAAGGGACAAAUCCUACAAAGAAAGUGCUAUGAGACUGUCCAGAAUCCACCACGACAGACCCAUGAGUCCUCUGGACGAGGCGGUUUUCUGGAUCGAGUUCACCAUGAGACACAAAGGAGCAAAGCACCUGAGGGUCCAGGCCCACGAGCUCACCUGGUACCAGUAUCACAGCCUGGAUGUCCUGAGCUUCCUGCUCUCUGUGUUUCUGCUGCUCCUGCUCCUCCUCGUCAAGACCUGCAGGUUCUGUUUCCGGAGGUGCUGCUGCAGAAGGAAGACCAAGAGGAAGGCUGAAUAACAGCCUAAAGGAGAGCUGCACAAAUGAAUACGAUUCAACAUGGAACAGUCUUUUUAUCCCACUGUGGCUUUUUAUAAACAUGAAAUUUUUGCUUUCAAAGAUCAUCUUCACCUUUACGUUUAAUUACUGAUACAUGAAAGUUUACACAAGUUAAAAGAAAAUAAACCAGAUCAUCUUCAGCGUUGCCUUUUCCAAAUUUCCCCCACAAAAACAUCUAAUCUGACACCUUCACUGCUAAAAUUUAUGUUGUGAAUUUACAGUAAAUAAUUGGAUACAUUUUGCAUGAUUUUCACAGUAAGAAUUACAACAAUAUACUGUGAAAAUACAGCAAUUCACUGCAAUAUAAUGUCUGUGACAUUACAAGGCUCUUUUGUAAAUGCACAACUGUAUACUGUAAAUUUACAGCUUCAGUGACAAAUCAAUUACUGUGAUAUCACAGUAAAUUAUUGGGGAAUUACCAUUGUUUGCUGUACAUUAUUACAACAAGACCCUGUACUUUUCCACUGAGUACUGUGAAGUUCAUGUACAAUAGUGAUGUGUCGGUCGUGAACAAACCGACUCCAAGAGCCGGCGACGAGAGCCGGCUCAUCAUUGGGAGCCGCCCCCUCCCUUUUGUUUUGGUGAAAGCUACAGGCGAUUGGUCAACAUGUGUAACUGCGUGUCCAGACUGUCCACACACAGAGCAGUAGGGGCGGGGAAGACUCAGACACACAGCAGAGCACAUGGAGACGAGAGGGAAUGAGGAGGAUGAAAAAGACGAGCGAGAGAGGAGAGUGCGAUGAUGACGGUGAGAAAAUGAGCGCCAGCAGUUGGAAAGUUGAGAUUUCUUAAAGCGUUCAGUUAAUAAAUGAUAAAUAUUUGAUAUAUUGCAUUUGUUACAUUAGUAAAUAAUUUUACAUAUAGUUUAGCAUUAUUUUUGGUGAUAAUACUUUACGCAACAGAAAAUCUGGGGAGCCACUUGGGAGCUAAAAGAACUGACUCUCUAGAAAGAGCCAGAAUUCCCAUCACUAAUGUUCAAGUUGACAUUAAUUAACAGUGAAUUUACAGUAACUAAUUGAAUACAUUUUGCAUGACUUCCACAAAUUACAGUAUAUUACAGCAUUACAGUAAUAGAAUGUGAACUAACUCACAGCAUAGUACUGUAAUUUUACGUCAAUGAAGUCACAAGACUUUGUUGUAAAAACACAGCUGUGCCUCUAGUGGGAACCUCUGCUUUACUGUAAACAGUGGAACGGCACGGCGGUCCCAUUCCUUCGACAACCUUCCUUACUUAUGGUGCCACCAUGACAACAACAAAUAACUGCACCUUUGCAACACUGAACAAAGAAAUAACUAAGAACACCACAAGUCUCCCAAUAAAUCUACAUAAACACAACAAAACAGAACAAAAUAACUAUAAGUAGUUGACUACCCACAAUGCACCUUGCCCACUGCAUCUUUCAGAGUGGGUGGGUCAUUUUUAAAUGUAUAAAUUGCAGUUUUAGGUUGACUAAACUCUGGUCAUUCACCUAAAACUUCAAACAUGGGGUAGUAAGCUUGCUUGUUAGAACUUCAGUGCAGCGGAGUUCUUCCUCUUUGUUCUGUGCUUCUCUGUUCCUUCUCUAAAGAGUCAGAGCUCCUCAAUAGCACCCGGUCAAAACUGGUAUGAAACAGGUUUUGGUGGGUGCAACCAGGCACACUUAAUUAUUUAAGUAAUUUGAGCUCAAACAUAUUGGUACAAUAAGAUAGGUCAUUCAAAGGUACAGUUUACUGUAAUUAAAAACAAUAACGUGUUUAAAUAAUCGGAACUCAGUUUGUUUAAGUUGAGUACUGAUUGAACUUAAAAAACAAGUACAAUAAGAAAGGACACAAAAAGGCUCAGCUAACUAAGCAUUAACAAGUGACGUUAACAGUUUAGAAACUUAAGUAAUAUGAACAAGAUCCUUUGAGUUGAGUCAAAAUCUGGGUGUUGUAACAAAGAAAUUAUACAUAUCUGGAAUACAUAUCCAAUCUGCUUAAUAAAUAUUAGAAGAGCUGCACAGGACACAUUUCAAUACAAUAUUUAACUGUAAUAAUACAGUUUAAUGCUGUGAAAUCCUUGCAUUUUUUACUGUGUUGCUGUGAUAUUACAGACCUUGUCGUGAUACAACAGCAGGACUUAGAUUGCAGGAUUUUACUGUAAAAUAAGAGUUAAAUGCUGUGAAAUCAAAGGAAACUGCAGUUCUUACAGGUACAGGGAAAGUUGAUUACAACAAGUUACUGUAAAAUAAUACAGUUUCUUAUUGUGGAAUGCUGGUAAUUUUUAAGUGUUCUGUUCUCAUUUAACUGCAAAUCCUGUGUUUAAAACAAUGACCUUAUAAAUAAAUGUGUAACUAAGAGUUUAAACUUAGAAUAUGAUGCAAAAAUCCAUCUAUUUCAGUCCAGCUUUGACUGAGAGACCAUCUAAAAGCUCAGAAACCUUUUACAGGGGCUCUGGAUUCAUUAGCUGAUUAGUCUCCGAGUCUAGAAUAUUCAACUUUUUAGUAAUAUUCUGAUAUUUUGAAUUUGAGCUUUUCAUAACCCAUAUUCAUCACCAUUAUAACAAAUAAAGGCUUCAAAUAUCUGGCUUUGCAUGAAAUGAGUCAAUCAUGCAUUAGUUGCACAUUUUAAGUUUAAUUACUGAAAUAAAUGAACUUUUGUACAGUA